GGAAAGAACUACGUUUCCCAGGAACCGUAGCGCGGUCGAGAGAGACCCUUGUGUGGGAGGUAAACGGAGGGCUUGGACCUUGGAGAGAGACCCCAGAGGAGAGGAGGCGACGGUUGGAAAGAGCGAAGGAAGAAAAUGGGGUUGGAGAAGGAGCUGCUGGAGCUGGACUUGUACUCCUUGCUGGGAGUCGGCGAGAAGGCGGCGGAUAAAGAGAUUAAGAAAGCCUACAGACAGAAAGCCUUAACCUGCCAUCCAGAUAAACAUCCAGAUAAUCCCAAAGCAGCUGAGCUCUUCCAUCAGUUAUCCCAAACAUUGGCAGUUCUAACAGAUGCAGCAGCAAGGGCAGCAUAUGAUAAAGUAAGGAAAGCCAAGAAACAGGCAGCAGAAAGAACUCAGAAACUUGACGAAAGGAGAAAAAAAGUCAAGCUUGAUCUCGAAGCCCGGGAAAGAGAGGCCCAGUCUCAGUUCAGCAGGGAGGAAGAGAUCCAUAUAACUAGGACUUUGGAACAAGAGAUUCAACGGUUACGUGAAGAAGGGUCCCGCCAAUUGGAAGAGCAACAGAGACUCAUUAAGGAACAAAUCCGACUUGAGAAAGAACAGCGAGUGCCUGGUAAACAAGAUGUGUAUGGAGAGGAGGGCAAAGGAACACCCAAGCUCAAACUACGAUGGAAGUGCAGGAAAGAAGAUGAGACUAAAGGAGGCUACUCCAGAGAUGUUCUUCUGCAAAUUCUACAAAAGUAUGGUGAAGUUCUGAAUUUGUUGAUUUCAAGCAAGAAGACUGGAAGUGCAGUUGUGGAAUUUGCUACAGUAAAAGCUGCUGCGAUGGCAGUAAAAAAUGAAGUUGGACUGAUAAAUAAUCCCCUAAAAAUCACCUGGUUAGAGGGCCAACCACAAGGCAGCACAUUGUAUGCCGAUGGCACCAUUCAACCACAAAUAUCCCAGGAUUCAGUAGUCUCGGAGAGGGAUUAUGAAAGCCUUGUGAUGAUGCGGAUGCGCCAAGCUGCUGAGAGGCAGAAGCUGAUUGAGCAGAUGAAACAGGAAGAUGAGGAAGAGUCAUGCACGUAGUACAAGGGGAAACAGCAUUGUUUGGUGCUUUUCGUUAUUCUUCUUAAAUUAAGUCAAUAAAUAUCCUUUUUCUUAAACAAC